AUGGCAGCAGUCGAGGCAGGUCAAGUGACCCGUGAUAUCCUUCUGAAGCCCUACUGUUCGCCUUCCUCCCCACCUCAUGUUCUUCACAACGCUGAGUUCCGCCUCACGCCUUUCGACAUAGCCAACUACAACUGCCGUGUCCCCAUCCUCUACGCCUUCCGGCCGCCGAUGCCCGAUAAUGCCGCCCUGCGGGAGGGACUCACCCGAGCCCUCGCUUACUUCCCUCACCUUAUCGGAAGGUUCCACUCUGAGCAGUACGGAUAUCCAAAAGUCGUUCAAAACGACGCUGGCAUCCGCCUCAAGGAGGCCAUUGCACCGUCCACACUGGAGGAACACCUCCCCUUCGAUCCCUCCGCGAGCUUUCUAACAUUGCAUCCACAUCCAGCUGAGGGGGUGGAGGUGCUCCUCCAGGUACAACUCACCCGCUUCUACUGCGGCGGUCUCACUCUGGGUCUCACCUCCCACCACCGCAUAGGUGACGGCUCCUCCAUUUGCCAUUUCCUCUUCACCUGGGCCAAACUGGUGCAGGGCCGCGAUGUCGGGACUCUCCCUUUCUUCGGCUGGAGCUCAGUCUUUGCUCCUAGGAACCCGGCUAGGGUGGAGUUUGACCACCUCAGAGCCGAGUUCAGGCCCAAGAGUGGAGCCACCAGGUCUCGGGGGAACGUCGGAGCUAACCUGUCCAAGAUGUGUAACCAAUCCUUCCACUUCUCCAAGGAGUUCAUCGGCAAGCUCAAAGGCAGAGUGAAUGGUGGCGAUCCAAGCCAACGAGUGAGCACGUUCUUGAGCGUCUUCACGCACAUUUGGAAGAAGACGACCCUGAUGGUGUUAAGCCCAGUCAAAUAAAGUGCGCGUAAAGAUCGCCGGAAAUGGAGAUGCUCAGACCUAUUCUCCGGUGACUACUGUUUUAAGAUCUUUACUGUUUUUCUUCAAGUAUUUAUUUUGGUUUAAUCCUGACCAUCCAUCUCAAUCGAGUUAUAAUGGCUGAGAUAAGAGCUACGUGGGAACGUGGGUCCCAAGAAUUGUAAGUGCCUUAACCGACCAUUACAUUUCUCUCUUCUAUAA